CCAAGACAUGUCUGGUUUCAUGCAUAUAUAAACAUCAGCUUUUACUUAUUCCUUAUGUCAUCUCAAUUACAAAACACAAUCAUGAUGAAGAAACUCGGCCUCUUUUCCUUUUCGUCAUUAAAAAGUGGAUAUGAUGAUUAUGGUGGCAGUAUAAGACAUCUUUUCAGCUCCAUACUUUCUCAACUUUUCUUCCAAGCACUCCUUCUCAUCUUCAUCUUCCACUUUGGCGUAGUUGGGGGUACAAUUGGAGCAGUAGCAGGAGCAUUGAUCGGGUUUAAGCACAAAAUGAGCUUCUUACAAGAUGUCAUGAUGGGUGCAGCAUCAGGGGUAGCUUUGUCACAAAAAUUAAUUACAGCCAUCUUCGAUUAUUUGCGUUCUGAUGAUCAUGAUCAACAUCUUUGCUUCCUUCACCUGAUUGAUAUCGUAGCAGCUGAUGUGGAAUCAAAACUUCUUCGAGAUCAAGAUCAUAUAUUCUUAGUUAGCAAGGUUGAAAGUUGUGAAAAGCUGGUGAAGCUUCCAAAGAUUGAAAUAUCAAAGCACGAUGUCUUUGACUCUUCUGGAAAUGCAACUUGUUGCUCAAUUUGCCUUCAGGAUUUUGAGGUUGGGAAUUCAGCUGGAAUAUUUCCAAAGUGUGACCACAAGUUUCAUCCAGAAUGCAUAUCGCAAUGGCUUCGUACCCAUAAUUCAUGCCCAGUAUGCAGAAGAAGCCUAUAAUAUUGUCAACAACCAUCCAUCCAAUCCAAUUCAUAUUCAUAUUCAUUCAUCUACCUACCUAAUUUAUUCAUUUUCCGAUCACAUAUUUUUUCAUUUUUUGUUACAUAUUCUUUGUGUUAUAUAUAAAUCGUUCACGGCGCAAAAGGGUACUC